AUGUCUGCCGUCGCUCCGUCGGCCGCCAGCGCUCCUGGUCACAAUGCCCGUCAGUCGGCGCGCCAGACGAGGACGAACCCCUCGCGCACAUCCAAAACGCUUGGACGCUCCUCCUUUGCCUACGGUCACUCGUCGAUGGGCGAUUCCGUUUCGUCGCCUGUUCCCCACGGCUUUUACCCUGCACUGACACAUUUCACGGACGCCGUAACCGCCCUCCCGCGGGAAUUUCGACGGCACAAUUCGUUGCUCAAGGAGGUCGAUGCUAAAGCCUGGGCGCUUGAGGAUAAUUUAUUGCAGCUAUUGAAGGCUUCUUCGGAGUCUCAGUCAACUCCAUGCCCGUCUAAUCCUGCGCCGAUCGUUGAGGGUGUAGUUCGAGAUGGUCUCUUGCCUGCGGAUCCUUCUCGUCUUGCUGAAUCCCCGGAGGGCAAGGACCGCCGCGUCCUUUUCGACCGUGUCCGACAUACCCUUUCCGACCUUAUGAUGACGGCCGACGAGAAAAACCAUGUGAUUUCGAAUGCGAACGAUGAGCUUGACCGCCAGCUCAUGCGUCUGGACUCCAUAUAUCCUUUUAUCGCCGGCGAGAUUAGUGAUGAGGCCCGCCUGGGCAGCCUCACUCACUGGGCUUACUCGAACCGGAAUGCUUCCAAAACCACCACAAACGAGCGUCCUCGACGAGAGGUUGCGUCGAACAAGGAUCUUGCGCAUGCUUUGCAUGAGGCAGAGGUCGCAUCGCGCAGCGAGGCGAGACGGGAGGCCGUGCUCGCCCGCAGACACCGUCGGGCGCAGCCGGAUUCGGAUCUGGACGAUGCCCGAGCUGCUGGAUCCCGGAAGGGACAGAGUAACAAGAGUCGUGUUGCUGGGGGUGAUCACGGCUCUUUGGGACACAACCAAUCUGGCGCGGGUGGAUCGGGCCAGGCGAAACGCCGCAGGGUCGAACGGCCUGUUACUGCGGAGGCCGGCGCGGCCAUGGAACGGUCUGCUAGCGGAGCAGGAGUCUCUGGGCGGGCAGUGUCGAAGGAUGCUACUGAUGCGACUAAGAAACGCUCGCGGGCACCCAAUACUAAUGCAGCUGCUCGGAAACGAAACAACACCGGAGUCGUUACAGCGGACUCGCCCGUUAUCCCUCCAUCUCCGCUUAUUGGCGCUGCGGCCGCUGCGAGUAUCCCACGCAGUGCAGCCAGUCCCGGACCUGGCGCUUCGCGACUUCAAUCCUCCCGAACACAGCAAACUGCGGUGCAGGCAAAUGCCCGGCAAAGGCCCUCGUCUUCUGCGUCUAAUCGCGUACCCAGCUCCGGGAAAAUCACCGAAACCAAGGCGCAAGCAAAAGAUACCCCAUCCAGAGCAGAAAUGGUCACUCUUCCAGAUGUUCACCGGGAUGUACCCGAAUCCGUCGAUCCCACCAAGUCCUUAAUACCCCACACUCAGCGAGAUGACAUCGACGCGAAACCCACGGAAUCAAUCGAACGUACCGAAACUCCCGUGCAAGUCGCUACCAGCGCGCCCAAAGGCCGGGCCUCCUCCAAGACCUCCACUCCCGUACUCGCCUCCGCAGAACCUGUUCAGCAGCGCACGCGCCCUACGCGGAGUACAGACCCCGCACCGAAACGUUCACACAAGAAGAACGGCAACAUCGCGCCGGUUGUGCCACCGCCACCAGUAUCGGAUCCGGAAGAGUCGCUCCACGAAGGCGACGACGAGGACGAGGAGGGCGAACCGCGAUAUUGCUACUGUAACGAAAUUAGCUUUGGCGAGAUGGUUGCGUGUGACAAUGAUGCGUGUCCCCGCGAGUGGUUCCAUCUGUCAUGUGUUGGGCUCACGAAGCCGCCUGGGCGGAAUGUCAAAUGGUAUUGUAACGAGUGCAAGGACAAUAUGCGCCGAAGUCGGAAUGGGCGGUAG